AUGGAGCAAAUGUAUAAUCUGGCCUUAAACAACAGGGGUGGCAACGCCUCAACGGGGCAGGGGGACACCAAGCGACCUAAGCCGCAAAAAUAUGAUGCCUACACCCCUUUAACCAUAGGGAUCGAGGAAAUCUAUCACGAGAUCAGUCACCUCCACGUACAAUGUCGCCCACCACCGCUGAAAUUUGACCCAGUGCGGAGAAACCAAAGCAAGUAUUGCAGGUUUCAUGGCGAGAGUAAGCACACGACCACCGAAUGUUUUGAUCUAAGAGAUGAAGUUGAGAGGCUGAUCCAGGAAGGGAGGCUCAGUGAAUAUCGAGCCGACCGACGGGGCAACAACAGUCGGAGGAACAAUGUCCGACGGGAGGGCCAAAGGCAAAACCAUCCCCUCGAACCUGUCAGCGUAAUAAGGAUAAUUUUUGGAGGGCCAUAUAUUGGCGGUACCUCUCACUGCGCACAGAACGAAUACGUGAGAGAGGCGAAGGAAAAGUUCAACCAAAGGGUUAUGAGUGUGUCCGGUAAAGAGGCGAAGGCUACAAGAUAUGAAGAGGCCGAGAUAACGUUCUUGGAGGCGGACGCAAACGGGGUGCAUUUCCCCCAAAGUGAUGCUCUAGUAAUGGAGGCCAUGAUCGGUAACCACAUGGUCUGCCGCAUCUUAAUGGACAACGGCAGCUCGGUAGACAUUCUAUACGCCGAUUGCCUUGACAAGAUGGGAAUCGCUUGA